GUUCGUCCAAAGUCCCCAACGUCGCCUCCCGCGCCAUGCCGCCACGCGCGGUGCUCCGCCGCCUUCUCCCCACACACAUCCACCACCCCGCCGCUCGCCGCGCUCCGCGUCAGGCGCCGCCUCCGGCUUCAGCGACCAACGAGGGACCCCUUCCCGACCCGAAUGCGCUCCUCGUCCACGACCCCAUCGACCUGCUCUCCUCCCUGUGGCGCCGCGCGUUCGCGCACCCGCUCCCCUCCCCGUUCCCGAACCUCUCCGGCUACGCCUCCCGCCUCGACCUUUGGCUCCUCUCCUACCAGCGUGCCUGCGCCCAUGCCACGGGCACCUUCCCGCCACGCCACGCCGUCCCGCUCCUCACUCUCCACUCCCUCCUCCGCCUCCGCGCCGCCGCGCUCCGCCGCCACCCCGCCUUCCCCUGGGGCGCAUCCACGCACCUCCUCCUCCGUUCCCCCGCCGACAAGCCCUCCACCGUCCCGAUCUCCCGCCGCAAGCUCGAGGCCCGGUUCGCGGACGCGCCGCCGCCGUUCCAGGACCGCGUCGUCCAGGAGCUCCUCCUCCUCCUCCUUGAACCAGUCUUCGAGCCGCGCUUCUCCCCUAAGUCUCAUGCCUUCCGCCCCGGUCGCGGGCCCCACAGCGCCAUCCGCUCUGUUCGGUCUCGCUUUGCCGCCUACCUCUGGUUCGUCUCCGCCGACCUCACGGCGGUGGUCGACGGGCUCUCGCCGGACACCAUCCUGUCAUGCGUCCAGAAGGCCGUCUCCGACCGUAAGGUGCUGUCAUUGCUCAAGUCCGCGCUCAACGCCCCUGUCCGGCCUGGGUCUGUACCGCCAACGGAGAAGGACCUCGAUGGGCUGACCAAGAAGAGGCUGAAAAGGAAGGUGCUCAGGAAGAGCAGGAAGAAGAAGGUGCUUAACGAGAAUGAGCCGAAGCCUGACCCAUAUUGGUUGAGGAUGUUCUUUGGGUUUGCUCCAGAACAGGCAUGCCAUGUGCCGAAUUAUGGACAUUGUGGGAUAAUCAGUCCUUUGCUUGCCAAUGUGUGCCUUAACGAGUUGGAUUGGUGGAUGGAGGAGAAAAUUAACCAGUACUUUUGCCCAUCCAAACAUGAUUCAAUUUGGAAGGAGGUGGGUGAUGAUGGGUGCCACAAUCCCGCUUGGCCUGAGUUCGUCCCGUCAGCUGGGAAGGAGAAGACAAGGAAGAUGGAUUUCCUUCGAUUUGGUUCCCAUGUCUUGAUUGGGAUCAGGGGGCCGAGGGAGGAUGCAGUUGAGAUAAGGAGACAACUGAUGGAAUUUUGUGAGAGAACAUUUGGUUUAAGGCCAGAGAAUUCGAUGGUGGAAAUUGAGCAUAUCACAAGGGGGAUUGAAUUCUUGGAUCAUGUGAUCACGCGCAGGGUCAUCUACCCAACCUUGCGAUAUACUGCCAGUGGAGGGAACAUUGUCAGCGAGAAGGGUGUCGGAACACUGUUGUCUGUAACAGCGAGCCUGCAGAGGUGCAUAAGACAUUUCAGGAAGCUUGAGCUUGUAAAGGGGGACAGGGAUCCUGAGCCAUUGCCAUGCUCACCGAUGCUGUACUCUGGGCAGGCACACACUAAUUCCCAGAUGAACAAGUUUCUUGAGACAAUGGCUGAUUGGUACAGGUAUGCAGAUAACCGGAAAAAGAUUGUAGGGUUCUGUGCUUAUGUCAUAAGGAGUUCACUAGCAAAGCUCUACGCGGCAAGAUAUAGACUGAAGUCUCGAGCUAAGGUCUACAAGAUUGCUUCACGGGAUCUUAGCCGUCCUUUGAGAGAAAGCACAAGGAAUGAUGCACCAGAAUACUCUGAUCUUUUGAGGAUGGGACUAGUUGAUUUUAUUGAAGGUGUACAAUUUGCACGCAUGUCAUCGAUUCCAUCGUGUGACUACACACCUUUCCCUAGGAACUGGGUGCCACACCAUGAACUUAUAUUGCAAGAGUAUAUUAAGCUGCAAGAUCCAAAGUUCUUUUGUGAACUUCACAAGACUAUCAAGCGUCAGGAAAUAAGUUCACCACAGGAUGACAUAUCAAAGAUGGUGUGGUAUUAUAAAGUUCAUGGUGUUUAUGAUGACAAAAGAUCCUUGGUUGGCGCCAAGGAAUUGAGAAAUGGUGAAGUUAUCAAUGGGAACAAGCAACUUCUAUUGGAUACAUAGUUCUGAGUCCUAUGUUCCUGAUUGUUUAUAGAACUAUUGAUAUGUAAUAUUUCAAUAGUGCAUCAAGCUGAUGUUUCUCCUGUGAUUCACCGGUAUCCAUGAACUGUUGACAGAUGACCUAGUUCUCAUUAUUAUAAGAGAAUAAUCAUGGGUAUUCAUGAACAACAUAUCAUCUAUUCUGGCACUCAGGAGCCACGACUACUCAACUUUUACAGAAACAUUUCACCUAUUAUCAAGGUGCAUGAUGAGCUUAGAAAGGAGACAUUGCAACUUGCAAGGGAAAUUUAGAAAAGGAGCAGCGGAUUUUGGAGCUUAGGAAUCAGUGCACAAUAAUUAGAACCAGAGAAUGAGAGAACUGGCUGGUGCUCAAGACUGGUUGAUUGAUUUGGAGGCGCAAAAGGAUGACAUUAUGAGGUCAUGCUGUGACCUGUUUUAAGAGGUUAAUUUGGAGUGUUGCGAGCAUGUACAAUUCAGUACAAAGGCUGCGAGGCGAUCCACAGGCUCUAAACGUGUACAUAUUCCGGUCGAGGUCGUGCGUAGCUAUCUUCUGGUUAUAUGUACCAUCACAGUAAACCCAGUAUAGAGGACUAGAGUAGGGUAGAGUCGUGUCAUGCUGCGCGUCGACCAUCCUAACGAGCCGUGAUGCCCAAAUUGCGUUGUGUGGGCUAUUGCCUUUAGCAUAAAA